AUGGCUCCGCAGGAGGCGAAGCCCCAGGGCCCGAGCGAAGCUGGGCCAGCGGCGCGGGAGCCCAGGGACCGACCCCGGGAGCGUGUGCUCUGCGGGGCGGGCGGGAUCGCCACGCGCUUCCAGGGCGUGAGGAGCUCCGGGGCCCGCCGGUCCCUGGAAGCGCCGCCUCUGCGGCCGCUGCUGCUGGGACUCUUGCUGCUGGCUGCCCUUCCCGGGCAUUGCCGAGCCGACUCCGGGACAGACAGUCUACAGAUACAUGUCACUCCGACCUCAGAGUCCGUUCCUCUCGGGAAAUUGUUACCAAUUUCACCAACAUGGCCUUUUUUGGAAGUCAAGUCUUCCUCAGCAGCAGAUAAAAUCAAGAAUGUUCUGGGACAGCCUCCCGACAACACAAGCUUGCUGCAGCUAUCCCAGACACCUCUUCCCAAGGCACGCCACAAGACCAGGGCUCGUGCGGACUUCUCUUUGUCCCUUUACCAAGGAAGUGGACACGGCGCCUCCCCGGAUCUUGCUAAGGACUCCAUUGAGACUGUGGUCCACCCCAAGCCUGAAGGGGAAAGAGAAGCAACAGCCAUGUCAGUGGAAACCUCAGUGUCACCCAAGGGAGAACUGACAGCAACAGCUGCAGCCGCUGCCACCACCACCCUGUUUCUGAGGAAGUCAAGCCCAGCAGCGUUGUCUGCAGCCCUCACUGCUAAGGGCACUGGCAGCAGCGGCGGUUUAUCCAAGAGCGGUCUGACCACAGCUCUAGCUAAAAAUGUCACCAGCAAGGCAGCAUCCAGCCCAAAGGUGACAGCAGGGACAGUCCACACUGCCUUCCCAAUCACACCAACCUACAUGCUUGCCCGGACAGCACACAGCAUGAGCACACACACAGCCACACAAGGGGCCACGGGCUCUGCUUCGGGCCUGUUGUCCACCACACACCUCCCCAAGAAACCACAAGCCAUGCACACUGGCCUCCCUAAUCCCACCAGGCCAGACACACCCAGAGCAUCCACCGCCCGCCCGCUGACAAUCACUGCUGCACUGACGUCCGGUACAGCAUCAGUAAAGGCCACGAGGCUGCCAUCUCUGCAGACAGGAAACACGGACGCUGCUUUUCCGGCUGUGUCUACUGCGAUGGUCACAACUGGCAGGAUGGCGUCCAACUUGGACUGUCAGAUGUCCCACAGGCUCCUAGUGAAGACAGUUUUCUUCCUAACUCAGAGGAGAGUGCAGAGCAGCGAGUCCUUGAAGCUUGGUGUAACCAAAGGGCUCACGCAGGCAUUGCGGAAGGCUUUCCACCAGAACGAUGUCUCUGCUCAUGUGGACAUCCUGGAAUAUUCCCAUAAUGUCACGGUUGGCUACUAUGCUACCAAAGGCAGGCUGGUGUAUUUGCCUGCUGUGGUGAUGGACAUGCUGGGUGUGUAUGGAGUCAGCAACGUCACUGCCGACCUGAAGCAACACACUCCCUCCUUACAGUCUGUGGCGGUGCUUGCCUCCCCGUGGAAGCCCCAGCCUGCAGGUGCCUUCCAGCUGAAGACAGUGUUGCAGUUUGUAAGCCAAUCAGACAACAUUCAGUCCUGCAAGUUUGCCCAGACGAUGGAGCAGAGGCUGCAGAAGGCAUUCCAGGAUGCAGAGAGGAAAGUCCUUAACAGCAGGAGCAACCUGACGCUUCAGAUCGUGAGCACGUCCAAUGCCUCCCAAGCCGUCACACUGGUGUAUGCUGUGGGCAAUCAGACCUCCUUCCUCAACGGCACCGUGGCCAGCAGCCUCCUUAGCCAGCUCUCCGCUGAGCUGGUAGGAUUCUACCUCACUUACCCUCCGCUCACCAUUGCUGAACCACUGGAAUAUCCCAACCUUGAUAUAUCAGAAACAACCAGAGACUACUGGGUCAUCACAGUGCUCCAGGGCGUGGACAACUCGCUGGUAGGCUUGCACAACCAGAGCUUUGCCCGGGUCAUGGAGCAACGUCUAGCCCAGCUCUUCAUGAUGUCUCAGCAACAGAGCCGGCGGUUUAAACGGGCCACCACCUUGGGAAGCUAUACUGUGCAGAUGGUGAAGAUGCAGCGAGUGCCAGGACCAAAGGACCCAGCAGAGCUGACGUACUACACACUGUACAAUGGGAAGCCACUGCUGGGGACUGCAGCAGCCAAGAUCCUGAGCACCAUCGACUCCCAGAGGAUGGCCUUGACCCUGCACCACGUUGUCCUUCUACAGGCUGACCCCGUGGUGAAGAAUCCACCCAACAACCUGUGGAUCAUCGCGGCAGUGCUGGCCCCCAUCGCCGUGGUCACUGUUAUCAUCAUUAUCAUCACCGCUGUGCUCUGUAGGAAGAACAAGAAUGACUUCAAGCCAGACACCAUGAUAAACCUGCCUCAGAGAGCAAAGCCCGUGCAAGGCUUUGACUACGCCAAGCAGCAUCUGGGCCAGCAAGGGGCAGACGAGGAGGUCAUCCCUGUGACGCAGGAAACGGUGGUCCUCCCCAUACCUGUCAGAGAUACUCCUCAGGAGAGAGAAACGGCCCAGGAGGGGAGCACCAUCAAGACGGCUAAGUCCACGGAAACCAGAAAGAGCAGGUCGCCCAGUGAGAAUGGUUCUGUCAUCAGCAACGAAUCAGGGAAGCCCAGCUCGGGGAGGCGCUCACCCCAGAACGGAAUGACACAGCAGAAAGUGACAAAGGAGGAGGCCAGGAAGAGAAAUGUGACAGCAAGUGACGAAGAGGAGGGAGCGGGUCUCUUCGACAGUGCCGGCAAGGCCCCAGCAGAUCCCUUUGACACAUCCUCUGGAUCUGUGCAGCUCAUAGCCAUCAAACCAUCCGCUCUGCCCGUAGUGCACCCUGCCGCAGACAGGGGGCAGGAGUCCUCGGCGGCCCUCAAUGGUGAGGUGAAUAAGGCUCUGAAGCAGAAAUCAGACAUCGAACACUACCGGAACAAACUGCGCCUGAAAGCUAAGAGGAAGGGGUAUUACGACUUCCCCGCAGUGGAAACAAGCAAGGGCCUGACAGAAAGGAAGAAGGUGUACGAGAAAGCCCCAAAGGAAGUGGAGCACGUUUUGGACCCAGACCCAGAAGUGUGUCCUCCCUUCGCAGAGUCUAAAAACAGGCAACAGAUGAAGAACUCUGUCUACCGAAGCCGGCAGUCUCUGAACAGCCCAAGUCCAGGAGAAACCGAGAUGGACCUUCUGGUCACACGGGAGCGACCCCGGCGUGGCAUCCGGAACAGUGGAUAUGAUACUGAGCCCGAGAUCAUAGAGGAAACCAAUGUCGACAGAGUCCAUGAGCCCCGGGGCUACGGCAGGGCGCGGCAGGUGAAGGGCCACUCAGAGACCUCCACGCUGAGCUCGCAGCCUUCCAUCGACGAAGUCCGGCAGCAGAUGCACAUGCUUCUGGAGGAGGCCUUCAGCCUGGCAUCCGCCGGCCACGCGAGCCAAAGCCGGCACCCGGAGGCCUACGGCUCUACGCAGCACCUGCCGUACUCAGAGGUGGUGACCAGCGCUCCAGGGACCAUGACGCGGCCCAGGGCUGGAGUGCAGUGGGUGCCCACCUACCGCCCAGAAAUGUACCAGUACAGUCUGCCCCGGCCGGCUUACAGGUUUUCCCAGCUUCCUGAAAUGGUCAUGGGCUCUCCCCCGCCACCCGUACCUCCCAGGACAGGCCCUGUGGCUGUGGCUUCCCUCAGGCGGUCCACCUCAGAUAUUGGCAGCAAGACCCGAAUGGCGGAGUCCACAGGACCCGAGCCCGCCCAGUUGCAUGACAGUGCCUCGUUUGCCCAGGUGUCCAGAGGUCCCGUGUCGGUGACGCAGUUGGAUCAGUCGGCUUUGAAUUACUCAGGUAACACAGUGCCAGCGGUGUUUGCCAUCCCGGCUGCCAACAGACCUGGCUUCACUGGCUACUUCAUCCCAACACCUCCCUCCUCCUACAGGAGCCAGGCCUGGAUGUCCUACGCAGGGGAGAAUGAGCUCCCGAGCCAGUGGGCUGAUUCGGUCCCUCUUCCUGGGUACAUCGAGGCCUAUCCCCGGUCACGUUAUCAACAGAGUUCACCCUCCAGGCUCCCUCGCCAGUACAGCCAACCAACCAAUCUUCACCCAAGCCUAGAGCAGGCCCCUGUCCCCUCCGCAGCAGCCUCACAGCAGAGCCUGACAGAAAAUGAGCCUCCAGAUACCCCGUUGACCAACAUUUCCACUGCAGCCCUCGUGAAGGCGAUCCGGGAGGAAGUGGCCAAGUUGGCCAAGAAGCAGACAGACAUGUUUGAGUUCCAGGUCUAA